CGAAGGUAGGAGAUUAACACGCUCAGCGUAUUUCUGCAAUUGCCGCGUAUUAUCUGGUUAAUUUCUGGAGUGGGAAUGCAAGAAGUGGAAGAUUCUUGCGAGAAACAUUUUUUUUUUUUUUGAUAAUCGAGUAAUCUUGAGAAGCAUAGUGUGAUGAAUCUGUUUGAACCAGAAGUGUUUGUUGUCUGAGAUAUUGGCAUCUUAUAAUAUUUAACUCUCGACACAGAUCUUCCAUUCGCAUAGAACUUGGUCUCUGCCUACCAACUCGCAUCCGAAUCGGUUUUUCCAAGUCAAUCUCGACCGAGAUCUAACAAAAGUAUCCAUCGAAGAAGACCCGUUCGAUCUGUGUCACACACACAUCUUGACCCCGGCAAAAGCAGCUGAAGCGUCCGAGUCGACGGACUUGAAAUGUUGAAGUUUCCUCUUAUAUGUGCACUGAUAUUUUGCAGUUUUCGCGAUGUUUCUGGGACUCCAUUCGACGAUGUGGAGGCCUAUGUGGACAAGUUCGAGAAGGGCAUAGAAGAGUUAUUGACACUAUCCCCACAAUAUGCCCCCCAAGCGGUCUUAGCAGAUAGAGCACAGUACAAUUUGACAGAAUCUACAGGAGAAACGGAAGAAUACGAUUUCAUAAUCAUUGGCGCAGGAGCGGCAGGGGCAGUGGUAGCGAAUCGCCUUUCAGAAAUACCAGAAUGGAAAAUUCUCCUCUUGGAAGCUGGAGGUUAUGAAGAUGAAAUCACAAGGAUUCCAUAUUACGCCUUAGAUUUACUUGGUACCAAGUACAACUGGGGAUACAAAACAAUUCCCCAGAAAAAAUGGUGUUUGGGUCAAACCGACAAGAGAUGCGUCAUAGAAAUGGGAAAAGCCAUAGGGGGCUCCACCGUCAUCAACGGUCUGCUCUACACUCGAGGAAAUUCCAGAGACUACGACAAAUGGGCAGAUCUGGGCAACAAAGGUUGGUGUUUCAACGACGUUUUCCCAUACUUCAAGAAAGUGGAAGACGCACAUCUCAACAACUUCGACAGAAAAUACCAUAGGUACGGAGGAAAGAUACACGUGGAAAAUUCUCAGGACAGAUCCAUCCUCACGGAAGGAGUUCUGAGAGCCGCCUAUGAACUCCACAUACCUUUUGUGGACUAUAAUGGAAAAGAACAGUUGGGCAUAGGGUUCUCUCAGGGUACUACCAAAAACGGAAAAAGAUGGAGCUCUGCCAAAGGUUACUUAGAAGAGACCAAGAACAGACCAAAUUUGGUAGUGAAACCUUUCAGUUUGGUAACCAAGAUAUUGAUCAAUCCACAAACUAAGGAAGCAUAUGGAGUCAAGUUCAUCAACAAAGAAAAAUUGCACGUCGCUAAGGCUACGAAAGAAGUGAUUGUGUCAGCAGGUGCCCUGAACACCCCACAACUUCUCCAGCUGUCUGGAAUAGGACCAAAAGAACAACUGAAAAAACUGAAGAUCGAUCCCUUAUCCGACCUCAUGGUGGGAACCCCACUAAGAACCCAUUUAGGCUUUCCCGGCUUGAAAUUCAUAUUUAAUAACACCAAGGCUGUACGGAGAAACGACCGCGAAGAUCUGAUCAACUACCUGAAGAACGGCAAAGGGCCUCUCGCUGCUAUUUUCACAGACCUUGUGGCCUAUCUGAAAACAGACGUGAGCAAGGACAAGGGAAACUAUCCAGACGUCGAGGUCCUUUUCGUUCCCUACGUCGAAGAAUUCCAGAACCAAGAUGAAAGAUCUGAUAAGGAGGUGAUAGGAGUUCACGCCAUCUCUAUCACAAUAGUGCUGAUGCGUCCAAAAUCUUAUGGAAGUAUCCAACUGGCCGAUGGAAACAUCAUGACGCCACCGCUUAUCGAUCUCAACCAUCUUGCUGACAAAGAAGAUUUCGAUAUCGAGACCCUGCUGUCUGGUGUCAGGCAGGUACAGAAAUUCGUCAAGACGCCAAGUUUCAAGAAGCUGGGAGCUUACAUCGAGCCUUCCAUAGUUCAAGAUUGUCGAGGUUUUGACUAUGAUUCCGAUUCGUAUUGGAAAUGUGCCAUAAGACAUCAAUCGUACUCUCUGCGUCACCCAACGGGUACAGCCAAAAUGGGACCUCCUCAAGACAAGGAGGCAGUCGUAAAUAAUCAGUUACAGGUAUACGGUAUCAACAAUUUGAGGGUAGUGGAUAACAGUGUAGUACCAGUUUCAAUCACAGGGCAUAUGAUGGCACCAGCGUACAUGAUUGGAGAGAAGGCGUCGGAUAUGAUAAAAGAAUAUUGGAGUUGGCGGGUUUAGUAUUUUGAAUUGGUGUAAAUAAAGUGUCGAAAAAAAAUUUACAAUAUACAAUAAUAUUAUAAAUGAGACAAGCAUUAUGAUAAAUCGUUAUUUGCCAAACUGAACUGAAGACAAAAUUUAAUGCAGCAUUUCAUUUAUUUAUAAUCAUGUUUGGUAUGGAAAACUGUUCGAGUUGAGAACAAAAUACAUGCCUUCUGUUUUUUCUUGAACUCAACUCUCUGAAUAACAAAUCACAACUGUCCUGAAUGUUCCUUACAACUUGGUAACAUAUACCAUACACUAUUUCAUUUCGGAAUAUUUAUACCUAUUUCUAUCGAAUUUAAGGCUUAAAGGCAGGUUUCUGAAAGGCCAAUCAACGUAAAAUUCAACUCAACACCUGUCAAUUCUAUGGUCCAGCGUCCUUUUUAUUUGAACAUUCUGACAGUUAACACUGUGGUCAAAUAUUAAACGUAAAUUGUAGGUCAAGCGUUAUUUUGAGGUUCUGAACCGCAUUUUAAUUUGUCUCUCCAAGUUAAAAGCUCCAGAUAACAUAGAAAAGUUAAUUUUACACUAUACAAGAUUUCAGAAACUCAAAUUGAUCGCUGUGAAGUUGAAUGUUGUAUUAGUUGAACAAAGAUUUGAUCAGUCUUUUAAAAACCGGGGAUAAUUUUAAAGGAUAUAAAAUGUUAACCAUACCUUGUACUUGUUACUACAAAUUUUUUGUUCAAUAAGAGAAUACAAAUAAGACUGUCCAUUUAUAAGUAUAAGAAACACUAGAGUUUUUAUUAAAA